GUAAGUAAACACACCACUGAAGCUGCCGUGAGAAUAUCAUGAUACACUGGAACUUCAAUUACUGUGGCUCUCAAUAAAAUUAAUUUACCAUCAUGUUGAAGGACUCUACGCAGUUGGAAAAGACAUUUAAAAACGCCGAAAAACGAAUAAGAAGUCAAAGUGUUAACAACACGGAAUGGUAACAUUUUCAAAAGAGAUAUGUAAACAUUUAAAAAAUACAUAUUUUAUUUGAUACCAUUUUAAUUGUGUAGCUGUUUUCCCAACUUCUUUAAAUAUAAUGUCACUAGGCAUAAGUUAAAAAAUUGAACAAGGUCACAAAGUUUUGUUUGUCUGAUUUCAAAAUGGUGUUCUUUCCUCCUGGGUGGAUUUUUACCUCUUUAUACCUGUACUCCCCAAAAUAAGUAAAUUUUAAAACAAGUUGUAUUUUAUUUUAUUUGUUUCUGUAUGUGUAUUUAUCUCACAGUCGCUAAUGUUAGUCAUGUCUUGGAGGGGCAUAUCGGAGCGAGACUACCUUUCCGGUUUGUCUCGGCGGUGCAGUAGGUCACUCCCUCCGUGCUGACAGGAGCUCUCUACGCGCUUCAAACAUUCACCCAUAGCCUACUGCACUCGUCUCUCUCUGCCACAUAGUCUGUUUUCCAGGUUUUUGUGAAGUUUUUACAGUUGUUUAAAGUCGUUGGAGUUGCUGCUCUCUGUCAGGAGGGAUUCCCGUGUUUUCUUCGGUUUUAGUUGAAAAGCAGCGGGGAGAAAUGACCAGCUGAGGAGUGGAAAUCCUGAAAACCGCAGGGCCUGUGUUUGUAAUGAUUGAUCAAUGCUUCGACAAUGGCGCUGAAGGUAAGUCACAGUACUUUUCUAAGCUGUUAGAAACCUCAACCAGUUGUGUAAUGUCGUCUGGUUUCACUCGUGAAUAAUACGCGUUCUUAACUUGUACAGGAACAGAGUUACAGUUUCCUAGUUAAACUUCACCCGAAAAGCUUCAUAUUUAUAUAUAAAAACAGUCUAGUUUUCGGUCUACUAACGCAAAAUUAACCCUAAGGACCUGUAUUUGCAUGCAGUAGAUAUGAAUCAUAUGUUUGUGCUGUACAUGGAAAAUGUGCCUCAUUAAGAAAGUGUCUUGUGACAUUUUACUACCUAUCCAGUGCGGGUCACUUGUACCUCCGUGGAAUGCUGGGAAAUGUAGUUUUUCGUGUGUGACUUUCAGUUCAUCCUUAUCUUAGUCAUAUACUACAGUGCACAGCAGUGCCUUGGUUUAAAAAAGUUACCUUUUCAAUUAAUUUAUGAUUUAAUGGGUAACUUAGUGUAAAUGGCGUGAGCAUUUAUGAGUUUUACUUUUAUAGUAACAGGAAAUUCGAGGGCCUGAGACUUCAUUUUUUUAUCAGAGAUUUGGGUUUGUUAACACUUUAACACGUGUUAAUUAACAGUUGAAAGUAUGAACUCCAGUUUUAUUAGAUGUGUUGUUUUUUUAUUUCUGUAUUUAUUCUUAGAAAACAGGUUUCUUGUUACUUUGUAGGCUAAGUGUAUGUGCAAGUGACUUUUUAAUGUUUGCAUUUACUAAUUAUUUCUUUAAAAUAAUUGCCCUCAUAGGCACUGAGUAUUUAAGUUAGAUUUCAAGUGAACCCAGAAUACUCAUCCUCCCAUACAGAUGAAAGUUAAUAAUUUUCUAGAGUCAAACAUCUAAGUGAAAUUACACUUAAAUGACCCUUUUAAAUAUAACAGGACUAUACAUUUUAUAUAUGUUAUUACACAAUCAGGCAGGUUUUAAAAUUGGAAACAGGAGAGAGUAGAGCUGCGGCUCUAUUCAUGACUUCCUGUUAAGAAAAAAAACACACCAUCCAGCUUCCUGACUCUUGGGAGGUGGCAGAGUGACUCUAAAAAUAGACCUCUAUUCAGGAAAGAACAAAUGGCCUUGUAGUGUGUGUCAUUGGUUAAUGAACUUUUUAGUUAGAUAGCCAAACAUUACUGUGACUUUGAUACUGUAUUGGCAAAGGCAUGCUUUUUACAGCUUAAAGUUCAACUAACUUAUUUGAAUUAAUGUGUACAAAAAGAAGCAAGUUAGGGAGUGUGUAAAUUGAUAAUGAAAUGAACUGUGAAAAGUGAAACCCAUUUAGUUUCCUCACAGUUACCUUAAAGUGUUGCAUGCAUUUGUUAAUGUGUGUUUGAGGCUGUUUGUGUCUUGGGGCCACUGUAGAGGGCAGAUUAGUAGAUGUGGGUCACUGUGAGAAGUACUACAGUCUUUUGCAUUAAACUGGACCAGGUAACAUGGUGGUUUCUGGCCUUGUUUUUGGUUGAGAGUCAGAGUCAGCGAAAUAUGGCAAGAAAAACUAGUUCAUCCUGUUUCACUGAAUGAACUGUACAUGCUUUAUAAUAAAUGGGUUUCAAUUAGAUGUGUUGAUGCAAGACAUGUGUAUGUAGAUAUUUAUGUGUUGUCCCAUUAAAGUGUUGGUGAGACAUAAAGUAAGUUUUUAAUUUUGUCUUGUUUGUGUUCAGGCACAGGUUUUAUAUGACUUUACUGCUGAGCCUGGAAACAACGAGCUAACAGUGAAAGAAGGCGAGACUGUCACUAUCACCAAUCAGGUAAAUUCAUACAAAUACUCGUCUUUGUCUUUUCUUUGACUCUCGCAUAUGAAGUGCAUACUGUCUGCAGAUUCACAAUUGCAGAGAUAAGCUUAGACUUGGCACACCUGGGGUGCUGACAUGUGCAGGAGUAGCAAGAACCACGUGUGCAAACAAAUCUUAAAAAAACAAAUUGCUUUCAUUAACUGUUUUUGUACCCAGUUGUCAAGUCUCUGUGAACUACUAACAUUAAGGUUCAACUAACAUUGUGAUGUUAAAUUCCUGUGUAAGAUUUUUUUUUUUUUGUAACUUAAAAAAGUAACACAAGCAAACAGCAAAAUAGUCCUGGCACAAACUUUAAGACCUUAAGUCACAAUUUCAGCACCCUGAAUGAAAAAGAAUUAAAUGGUUAAUUUUUGUGACAGCUUUUGCAGGAGUUUGCUCACACUUUUUAAUAGAUUGGUUCCUCUUCUUUGACUUCUGUGUUAAAUGUUCUUCUACAGUUUAUAGUACCGAAAAAAGAAAGUCAACACAAAGGAAGCUUUGUGAAGCUUGUUGGAUCACUACCCCUAAUGAAACUCAAAUCCUCAAAAAUUAGGAACCUGUAUAAAAUACUUACAAAAAUAGAUACCAAUGGUUUGUGAAUCCUCUAAGUAACAAUGACGCAAGACUGACACAGAAAUAAUGUCCCCUGUGUUGACUCUCAUUUGUGAUGACUUUAUAUUUCGUUGAUUAAUGCUACAAAAGUGUUCGAUAAAUGACAAGUCGGGUACACAGGCAGGCAAGUUUAGCACCCGCACCCCUACUCCUGAGUCAUGCUGUCUAAAUAAAUGCAGAAUGUGGUUUGUCCCUGUCUUUCUAAUGGUCUCUCCUGAAAAAGACACUGUCGGUGUGGCGGCAUAAGAUGCUCCAAAACCUGCAUUAAUGGAGCCUUUCCAGAUGUCUAAGCUUUCUUUACCACAUACAUCAUCAUCACUAUACUUUCAUUAAUGCUAGCUUCUGAACUCUGAGCUGAUGACAAACUGGGUGGUCCCUCCCCUCUUUGGGGCGGAAGAAGCAGCAUCCUGACUUCCAAAAAGAAUGUCAGAUUUGAAUCAGUCAGAUCACAGCACAGUUUUCCAUUUUGCCUCAGUGCAUCUUAAAUUGGCUCGGGCCCGUAGAAGUCACAGGCAUUUCUGAAUCAUCUGUUUAUACAGUUUUCUAUUCACUCUGAACAGCUUUAGACCGCAUUUGUUCACAGGUUAUGGUUUUGAGAUCAGAUUUCAUGGGGCCUAUGCAGCCGUGGCCACACUGUUGAUCACGCUCCUGCACACACCCCUGCACAUGUGCCACUGCUAUGGUGUUUGUUUUUUUUUUUAAUUAGGCUUUAAUGGACUUUUUAAGUUUAAUUUGUGCGAGCUUUAUCUUCAGCUUGAUUAUUAUGUUAGUGCCUGUGAUUGGUUCACAUCACGUUACAUAAGUUUCUGUCAUAAUAAGACUGAAUCUGUGCUGAACUUAGAGAGAUCACUUGGCAGAUGUGAUGCUCAAAUUUUAAUUCGUUUGCCGUUUGGACUACUGUAACUCCCUUUUUUUUUUUACCAGUUUACCCAAAAAACUCUUCAAAAGACUCCAGCUCAUUCAAAACGCCACAGCCAGAGUUUUAACCCACAAAAAGGAAAUCAAUCACAUUACUCUCCUUCUUAAAACUCUGCACUUUUCUUCUAGGAUAUAUUUUAAGGUUCUUUUAAUUUUUUUUUUCAAUCUUUGCACAACCUUGCUCCUCCAUACAUGACAGACCUUCUGUCAUUUUUUGCUCGUGUGAGGCCUCCGAGGUCCUCAGAUGUUUCCUUUCUAAAUGUUCCUCAUGUGUUCUGCACAAGUACUGAAAAGAGAGCUCUCUGUUUUCAUGCUCAUGAACUCUGGAACUCUCUGCCUCUGGAUGUAGAAACAGCAAACUUUCUCUGUGUCCUUCAAAAUAAACUCAAAACCUUUUUAACCUUGCUUUAGACUCAGAUUGCAAUACUACCCUUAUUACCAUUUUAUAACCAUUACAACAAUUGUCCCAAUACCAGUUAUUUCAUUUUAUUUUUUUUUAUCUAUUUAUUAUGGAGCCCAGGAGGUUAUACAAUUUUUUUUUGAAUUUGCACGUGUGAUUUAGUAUCUCGAACAUGUAGGAAGGACAGUGUCAUGGACAGAGAGCAUACCAUCAACAUUUUCUUUUAUUUAAGUAUGACUCACAAAGAGAUACUUUAUAGCGUAGCCACAUUUGGUAUGAUACACCUCGUCAGGAUCCUUCAAGCAGAGCAACCUUGCCGACGGCAAUAUUCGGACUUGCAGGAAGUGAUUUUCUUUAUUAAUGAACAGCUAAAUCGCACCUUCAAUGUAAUAAAAUGCACCAAAAUGCAGGUGCGAUUUUGUUUGUUUUAAGAAGUGGUAUUCUUUGUCCUUAGUGUCCUUAAAAGUAUCUGCUCAUGUUUUAAAUUGAAAUGUUCAAAGAUUCCUCUGACACAGCACUCCUCUCAGUCUUUUACAAGCCUAGCUCACAUGAUCUCAGGUCAAAUGACGAGUCUCACAAACAUGUACGGAGGAAGGAAGGACAAAGAGUGGCAGCAAACAUGAUGUCAUCGUAGCGAGUCUCAACAGUUCAAAGGCCACUCGCUGUGUGCUGACCCACAUAGUUUUCUAAUCAAAGUUGCAGUUAGGCCAAUCAGGACCCGCUGUGUAAGGACAACAACAGAAUGUACUUUUUCUUUCUUAAAUAAACUGACCGUGCAGGAAUUUGUCCCCAGAGCUGUUGCUGUGUUUACAGAUACUUUGGUAACCUGGUUACUGUCAGCUCUUUCUAUCCUGAACUCUUAAAUUACAGUAAUACAAAGUGCUAAAUACCAUUCAAGUUAUAGUUCAACUGCUUUAUUGCGUAUCAUCAGGAAAUAUUGCUGCUGAAGUAGAAUGACAGCAUCUGAGAGAGUUAUAUAUGUAACGUGACCUUUUCUGAGACUGGUGUUUUUGAUCAAAUCUAUGAACUGGUGAGUUUGUCCUUAUGACUGGAUGAAAAAAAGGUUCAGCUGUACACUUUUGCCUUAUGGCUGCAGCAUCAUUUAAAAACCCUAUACAUAUAAAUCAAUGUGAUAUUUCCAGUAGCGAGGUCUGUUUGAGCCCUCCGUAAGCCUGAGCCAGUUCUUGCUAUGUAUGCUAACUUGUUUUUCUGGGUCUCUCUCUAUUUCAGGGUAUUGGAGGUGGUUGGAUUGAAGCACAGAACUCAAGAGGGGAAGUUGGACUGGUGCCAGAGGACUACAUUGAAGUAAGUAAGAUAGACUCAGUGUGUGAGAGUGUUGAUCCACACAUAUAUAUAUCUCGUAUUUGGACUGAUUAACCCUGAAACAUCUGCUGCCAUGCUCUGUGGUGAAGUUGCACAUCAUGCUCUCAGUACACUAAAGCACAUCAAAUAUCAAACAUGGCACCCUCUUAGUCUCUCUGACAGUCAAAUAUGUUUCCACAUCUACUCUCUUUCAGUAGAGGAAAAAAUCUCAACAGGAUGUGACUCCUUCAGGGUUUUGCUGAUCAGGGUUUAUUUGUAUGUGUGUGUGUGUGUGUGUGUGUGUGUGUGUGUGUGUGUGUGUGUGUGUGUGUGUGUGUGUGUGUGUGUGUGUGUGUGUGUGUGUGUGCUUUGAGUUUGAACUUGUAACUAUGACUACAUCAUGGGGAUAUGAUUCACUCUGUAGUCUUUCAGAAAGAAAGACAAAGUUGCAUUUAAAAACAACAUUCACUAAGACAUUUGCAGAGUUGGGCCUGGCUCUAAAUAACAUUUGCAGCAUCACCUAGCAAUGCAGUAUUUGUUUUUACAAAAGAGAGAUUUGUAUUAUCCGUCUGCUUUACUAAGCGGACGAGUUCAUCUGGAUGUGGAUGUGUGUGUUUUUCUGACCUUGAAUGACCACUCCAGCUGCCCCUGCACUGUUGUGAUUGUGUUUCCGAGUCAUUAGAACCCACUGAUGACAAUUGCACUCACAGCUUACGUAAUAUUCAGCCUGUUUCUCGAAGGAAAAAAAAAAAACUCUUUGAACCUACGGGGUAUGAAAAGGUCUAUAAAAACAAAACUGCACUGUACAAAAAGAAAAGCCAAAAUGGUUUGAUUGAGCAUAUCUAAAUAAACACUUUGAGGUUAAACCAGCUGGUGCUACCUUCCUUGGGUAAACAGAGGAAGGAAAAAAUGAAAAGUGCACCUUUUAAAAGUCAUUUGAAUGCUCACCAAUAUCCUAAUUUGAUCUCCUAAUGAGACUUUUGUUUUUAUUUUCAUUCGUAGUUAAGUAAGCAGUUUCCAUCGUUCCCAGCAGCAGCACCCUCAGCACCUUCUCCAAGUUUCGGAAAUGCUGCAGCUCAAGAUCUGUCCAUCUUUGACGCCUAUGCUCCCCCAUCUGCACCUGCACAAAACCAGGUAGUGUACUCCUCUUAUCAAUUAAUAUUUCUUUUAGAUUUAUACCGGCAUAAUAUGAAAGUUAUAUUUUCUGCCCUGAAAGAGUAAGAUAGUAGGAGUAGUAAAUAAUUGUACAGCUCUAUUAUUAACCUAACUUUGUAUAAUCUGAUUCUCCCACUCAAAAAUCUGUAUUGUGUUGAUGCUGAAGGAAAAGCAGAAGUAAGGGGAGAAAGAGUGUUGCUGACGUUUUCUCAGUAAUUCUGAACCCUAGAGAUGCAGAAGUGAGAGCAGCUGUUACGGGGGAUAUUCAUCGUGGUCAUGGCACUUAUAACUGACACAGGUUUACGCUCUAGCAAAAUAGAACCAAGAGGAAAUAAGUGCAGUGAAAUUUCAAUCGUCCUCAGCAGCAGGCAGGAAGUUCCACAAGUGUGAGCUGUACUGCUGGAUCAGUAGGAUUGUGGGCACAGGAAAUGUGUCAGCCUACAACCCUCAGCGCUUUUCUCACUGAACACACAAACAUUUAUAUCCAGCAUCACUUUAACUCUUCCCUCACAGUGUGUGUGUCAACCCCCUCACUGUUGGCGCUUUGUGAUGAUGUCACCUUUUUUCCUCUCAAGGUUGAUGCUGGGGCUUUAAGUCCCCAGCCGGAGACCCCUGAUACCCCAGUUUCCCCCUACCUUUCAUCCCCAGAUGAGGUAACCACUAAUACGAGGGAGGUGGAAGGGGCUGGAGGCAUGAAACUGAGCCCUCCACCCGUACCCAAUCACUCUGCUCCGAUCAGCAAAUUUCCCCUCUGCCUUUCAGAAAGCAUGAUCCCAGCCUCACUUUGCACAGCAGUACACACCUACUUUUGACCAAUCGACACCCACACAUUAUCUGAGUGGUAUGAAUCAGCACCAGUGGAACUUUAAAAGCUUAAAGGCAAGAGUCAGUGAUUCUCAUGUUCGGUGUAUGAUAACACAAUUACACAACUGAAUCAUCAUGAAGCAAAUAAACGUCACAUGAUGAUCAAAGUCUCACAAAUGAAAUCAAAAUUUAAAUUCAAUCCAGUCGGACUUUUAUUCUAUUUAAAAAUGUGUCUCUGUCCACAGGAAACUGCUGGUGAAGUGUUGUUUCUUGUUGCACUUCUGUGUCAGUCAUUGUGAUUGCAGUCAUUUUACUGAGAAAGUUCUCAAGUCAUCUUUAGUCCUUUCUAUUUGUGUUAAAGGUGGGGUAGGCAGGAUCUGAGGAAGUGCCAGUUUUUGGGGAGAAAUCUAAACGUAAACUCUACCCCUCCCAACCAGUUUUCCACUCAGCUCCUCCUGUUCCCUUCAUCUCUGCUCCAGAAAGCCCCGCCCAUAAACAGACGCUCCUGCUCACUUCUAUCAUUCCAAUUAAAUUCAGAUAUAAUGCAGAUAAAUACUUAGGAUAAUUACAAAUGGGGCCCAGUCAAUGUUAAAGUAAAAAGCAUUGGCGCUACUGUAGAUGCUAACAGACUACCAGCAAACACAACGUUUGCAGGAUUUCUAAAACUAGGAUAAAGUGACAUACUCCAGGCUUGGCUUACUUUGUUAAAGCGGUUUACCUGUCCAGCAGAAAGGUUACAGGGUCCGUAAGAUCCCGAAGUGUCCCACAUCGUUUAUGCUGAUGUUGACCUGGCUUCUUAGCUCUUAUCCAGUCUACCUCCUUUUUAAGCGCCCGUUAUUCUGCCAGAGUCUCCGGUAUCUACUUCAUUUUAUUGCUUGUGUUGGCAGUCGUGGCCAAAGGAGGAUUCAGACAGUUUUCCGUACUUUCUGGUUGGUUUCUACUGUCCGAUGUUGUAGCACGCUAACCUUGUUUGGGCUCGUGAACAAAACAGGGUAGCAGCAUCUGCCUCACAACCAAUAAGGUUUGGAGAGGUGGAGAACUGCUUUGUUUACAGUCAAAAAGCGUGGGCCGCUCAAAAAAUUUAAAAUGUUGAUUACACAGACAUAAGAAAACACAGCGAUAUCAUUAUAUUACCAAAUGUCAUCAAUGACUAAUAGCUAUUGACUGAUUAAAAGCUUUUUUCUUUAUACACCACAAAAAAAGAUGCUUCUUUAACAGAAUCAUGCCUACCCCACCUUUAAGUAACCUCUGCACUAGUUUUGAGUUCAGGCACCUAAGUAGUUUGUUAGCAUUGAGCUAACUUUGACCCACGAAAGGCACAUGUACAUUUUUCUGCAUGAGAUACUCAGGAGUUUUAAUAGGAGUCUUUAACAGCCUCUGUGUGGUUGAAGCAUGCCUUGCAGUUGCAUUUUCAGUUUGUAUGUAAUGCUCGAAACAAAAAUUAGUCUAUAAAUAGAGAAUGUUUUUGCAUGAAUACGCGCAUUAUUGGAAUGCACCUUGUUUCAGUUAUGCUCUAUUUUUAACUGUGUCGCCUCUGCGUAGUUUCGGUUGCGUUUAUCAACACUGCUCCUCUAAGGCUUAUCAUCCUAACAGAGUUCCUGCUCAAGGCCAGGAUUUGCAUCAUGUGUUUGACAGAGCAUGCUCUGUUUGGAGUACUGUUGUUUAACAGUCUCUGAAACCAGCAGCACUCCAUUCCCCAGUACCAGGCCUAUUUCUCAUUACUUUUCUCCUCACCCCUCGCUUGCUCCUCUUCACGGUCUCUUUCAGGCAAGUAAUGGGAAUGAUCCCUGGUCAGUGUGGAAUGCAGAUCCGUCAGGAGGAUCCAACAACAACUGGGCGUCAAAUCCAGAGGGCACCCAGACUGGAAAGGGGGCUGCUGACCCCUGGAGCGCAGUAUCACAGGGCCAUCCUCAGGCGUACCAGGGCCCAGGUAGGAGCAGCUUUUCAUUAAGCAGACAUGAUGAAUUGUUAAACAUAGUCAUACAUCUUUGGUUUUAUCCUUGCAAUUAAACUUGUUGGAGUCUGUUGUAUGUCAGUAUAACUUCGACAGAGAAAUGAAGGCCAUGCUGCAAAGAUGUCCUUCCAAAGUAAACCCUUUAUACCAGUAAUUACUUUUGUACUUUUCCGUGUUUUACAAGGUUUUGAAUUUCAUUAAGUUUGAUCUGUUUGCUUAAGUUAUCAAAGAAGGUUUAUCCAUCUUUUAGAUAUUUGUCAUAGCAACACAGUUACAAUGCGGAACAAUUGAGCUGAAAUGGCAAUCUAUCAAUCAUGUUGACUUGACGCGGUCUCAGGUAUGAAAAGUCACAGUGAAAUCUCAAACCUCUCAGAAACUAGGGCCAGCUCUUAAGACAGCACACCCCUUAUCGCGUUAGCUUGUAGCUUAACAUUGCCGAUGUAGUAGAAGUGGCAGGUAACGUAGGAGCUAUUUGGCUCUCUAAAACUAAUAACUUUUGGGGAUAUGAUGAAAGUUAAUAUCAUAAUAAGCUUACUUCUGAGCAUUGCAAUCUGCUAAUGCACACGCUUGUUCCAUGAUCGUCCUCUCUAUUUCUCCCAGUCUGGCCUGCAGAGCGGGGCUCCAGGGGGCGGAGCUUGUAGUUGUGAUGUAAGAAAUCUCACUGUGCCUAAACACAGCGAUUUGAAUGCAGAAAUACUCAGAAAGGCAAUUUUUGCACUUGCCAUAUGAACAUGUAGACAACAAGAAAAACAUGAUUUUCAUCAGAGUGGGUCUUUAAUGUAGACUAUAGAUUCAUACUGGAGAAUGACAUUGUAUUGUUCUUUCUUAUUGCGUUGAGGCAACAUGUGAUGCAAUGACACUGUAUCCCAAUCCUCAUUUUAAACCUCUCGAAGCCCUCACAGAUCCACACACUGCAGGCCUGAUGUCAGUUAAUUCUGUAAGGGCUUGCUGUUCAGACCUUUGGGUGCACAUUGGAACAGGGCAAUGCUGUAUACAGCCCUCAGUGUGCAAAACUGUUUACCAUUGUAGCUGUAGGUGUAAGAACUGCAUUGAAAGUAAGGCUGUAAUGGAUAGUUUGACUCUGACACUAAAAUGUAACUGCUCAGCCCUCAGGUGUUGCUUUAUGUUAUGAUCAGUUUUUAUACAUUUUUGAAUCCUCAGGAUUCUCAGGGAUUCUCCUCAGGAUACUAGUUGCUUAUAUUUCUUCACACCACAACUGUCCAGGAAGUGGGUCAUAAUAAAGUUCUUCCAGACAAAGGGAAAAAUAUUGAGUGUUUUGAGAAGAGAAAGAAUAAGAAAGAAUGUCUCAGUCCUGACAGGGGAAGACUUUAGUUUAAAGGGUGGAAAUGUGCAGAAAACAAAUUGUUGUUUUCCUCUGCAGUCUUGAGAAACACAGUUCAUUUUUUUAACAGGAAGAUUAUGGAACACAUGUUCUGCAGAGGGAAAUAUAGGUCAGACAGUCCUCACACAUAAUACCUUGCAGAUGGGCUUUGCUUUACAGAGCAGGAGAAAAAUAUUCCUCAUAUCAAUGACAGAGUCCUGCGUCCUGUUUUGAGGCUUAAACUCAUACGGAGUGAAGCACCGUGAUUUGAAUCUGGUGCUUUGAUCCCUGUUUCUAUAGAUUUACCAUAUCUGACCGUGAAAACUAUUUCUCUCACACAGCCGGAGUGCUUCAGCUCAGGGUGUCCCUGUACACAGAUGCUCCACCAUGUGGAUCAGACAGUCAAACCAUGACUUUGUUUUUAACCAGACUACGGAAAAAUUAGCCUCAUGCAUGACUCAGAAUGACAGACUGUUGGACCUGUUUUUUGAAUUCCCCAGCUGUUAUUGAAGGAAAGAGAAUAUUUGGGAAUAAAUACCAAUGAGAGGAAGAAUUUAACAGGCUUUCCCUUUUUUCUUUUCCCAUCCCAAAGACAUCUACCCGUAUCCUUACCUUAUUGAUUGCACAGGUAUUCGUUCACUGCCUGGUGAAAGCUUUCUGCUGAUGUUUGUGUGUGGACUGGCAUGAGAGUUACUGAGGGAAGAGUCCAAAAAGUUGCUUACAGAAUCAUUUACAGUCUUGAAAGCAUGUGUGUGAAGCAUCCAGUUUGUAUCUUGGUAUUAACACUUAAUAUUAACAGUAGAGACUGAUGGGUGAAGUUCCAUUUGAAGGUGAGAGUGGAAUUUUGUUUGCAUGAGGUGAAUGAUGUGUUUUAUUGAAAUUAGAAUCCCAUGUGAAUGUGUUUACGAGGGGUGGGAGAAAAAAUCAAUGCAGCAUAGUAUCGUAAUAUUUUGUCUGGUGAUAUAUCGUCUCAUUUACCAAAUUAAUUGUUAAUAUAAAGUCAAAUCUAUGAUAAUGGAAAAAUAAAAUCAACUGUUUGUCCAGUGAGGUUAGCAGAGGUGACAUCAUAGAGUAGGAGCAAAUUAGUGCAAAAUACUGUGAAAUUAAAACAAACAUAAGGGAAAGCAGGAUGCUUAAUUAGCUUAACAGUUGAAAAAAUUGUAUAAUCGCUAUAUAUAGUAUCGCAACACUUACUGUAUUGUAAAAUGUUAAAAAUCGCAAUAAUAUCGUAUUGUGGCCCAAGUAUUGUGAUAAUAUCCCAUCGUGGGGCCACUAGUGGUUGGAUCUGUUAUGUAAGUGUUUGCAUCAUGAGUUUCAUAAUUAGUUUGAAUUCUGUCUGCCCUGCCAAAGACAAACACAUAAAAAAUUGCUCGUAACAACUGUUGCUUUGUAAAUCCUAUUUUUUGGCAGAUUGUUUUUCACUGUGCUUAUUUCUUUAUUUCACUAGACAUAAUUUAAUGCUUUCUACAGUAGGGGUGAGUGAGGAAAGAUUAGCUAAUUUUUACUGAUGUUACCCUUAAGGUAAGAAACUGUUAAACAAAAGCCCACUUAGAACACAAUGCAUUUCAGGAUGGUCUCUGUGGAUUGAAAAUAUAAAAAUGCUUCUUAGACAAAGGUAACUGGAAAAAAAUCUUCCUAAAAUAGAUGCAAAUGUUACUCAUUUUACCUUAGGCUAAGGGUAACGUGAGUGCUACUCUCUCCUUACAGUUUCUCUAUGUGCUCGUGGUUAAGGUAGCUUCACUACUCUUUCACUAUUUUGAAACUGGCAUCGUAGUUUUUCUGAAAGACACAAAAUUCAGUUAGUCAGUAGUCAUACAACAAAGAGUCUCUUUAGGAUGGACCUCGCCUAGCCAGGACUCUAUUUUACAUAACUACUGGUUGACUGUACAUUAUACCAUUCAUUAACAAGCCACCAGUUAAAUUAACUGGCAAGUCAACAUCACAAAGAAUUGAUUUAAGGGUAAUUUUCUUGAUUUAAGCUUGAUUUAACCAAAGUUAAAGUUGAAACAUUUUUUCACUGUCAUUCACAAUGGAUGCAGAAAAUAACAGCAGCACCUGUUGAAGUCUCCCUGUUACUUUUCUGUUGGCACCGUCUUCUCAUUCAAUCAAUCCUGUAACACGGCCAAAGUCCACACCUUGGUUAGCCAAACACCAGAGAAGAAAUCUGGAUAAUUUAAACAUUUAAUGUAUGAUAAACCAAACCAGGUGUCCUGUUCUACAUUAAGAUACAGUUUUAUGCUUUGCAGACUUAACUGCAUGGUGAAAUAAUUCCCCCGCUGAAAAAUCAUUGUGCCUGAUUUUUUAGAAAUUUUGCUGUGACUAUGAAGAAAAUGUAAUCUUGUGUAAACAGCUUUCUUUGUAUAUGUUUAUGUGUCUGUAGGGUUGUCAAACACAAGAUGUGUACACUAAGUCUGUGAUUUAAAGAAACAACCUUGUGUGCAUGUUUGUACCCCCAGGAGCAGAAGACGAUGAGUGGGAUGAUGAGUGGGAUGACAUGAAGUCAUCUGUAGGAUACGCUGAGUCAGAAUCAGGAGAUAGCGGAGCAAUACAGCGGGGCGGAGCUCAUGGGUCCUCAAUGAAAAUCUCCCUCAACAAGUAGGUACUUCAGAAUUAGUGAUAGGAAAUCAAGAAGUUGAGAAGUGUAUGCAUGUGUACUGCAAAUGUACUGUUUUCUAAAAAGCACACAACUGUAUCCAGCUGUUUUCUUGUUAAAGAGAAGUUUUGUUUGUUUAACCUUGAGUGUAACUCACUAAAGCUCUUAUAUCAAACCGUAUGGGUCAAGCAAACAUGUGGAAUGAAUUUCCGUGAGCAUCACUUUCAAUCUUUUUCUUUCUCUCUUGGAGCAGGUUUCCUGGGUUCUCCAAGUCUGGUCCAGAGCUCUACCUCCUAUGCAAGCAGAUCGCAAAGGGCAAAGAGAAGUUAACAAUCUAUGUAGGUUAUCUGCAGAUAUCUUUGACCAGUUCUAUUCUGUUAAUCAUCAUGUUUUUGCUCAUAAUAUCAGUCAUUCAAAUCAUGUAUCUGAACUCAGUGCAGUGUCUUGUAACAUUGUCCACAAGACUUUUUACACGAAGGUUGAACAUUAACAGCUUUUCUUAAGUUCAGUUGUUGUUAUUUCCUGGAGUAUUGCACUUAAUGACUUUAUACUUCUCACAAAUUAUGGGCCAGUUUUCCAAGUAGCAGUUCUUGAAGCCUUAUGUUUUCUGCUCAGAUGGGAGAAGUUGGUCCUGUGUGGUCGUAUCCUGAAAGUCAGCUUGACUGUGUGGUUGCUGAUCCCAAGAAAGGCUCUAAAAUGUAUGGCCUCAAGAGCUACAUCGAGUACCAAAUCACACCCAGUGUGAGUACACAAUAACAGAGGUUCCUUUGUCCAAAUAGAUGAAAAGAUGAUGAGUCACAAAUUCAAAUAAAGAGAACAGAAGAGCCCUCAUAUCUUUAACUUUUUUUAAUGUUUUGUAAACUGAAAAACGAAGUCAGGAUGUUUUAUUCUUGUUAGGAUGACUUAUUUUAACUCAAUGUCCGUGCUUUUCAGACUACAAACCGACCUGUCAAUCACAGAUACAAACACUUUGAUUGGCUGUACGAGAGGCUGUUAGACAAAUUUGGGUCAGCCAUCCCCAUCCCUUCUUUACCAGACAAGCAGGUGACAGGUAAGCGUCUAACUUUGACAAAUAUAAAGCACAGAGAGGAUGAAGAUUGGGGACGAUUAUGUGAAUCAAGUGUUCAUUUCUUUGCACCCUCUCAUCUGUUUUAGGGCGAUUUGAAGAAGAGUUUAUUAAAAUGCGUAUGGAGCGGUUGCAGGGCUGGAUGACCAGGAUGUGCAGGCACCCUGUUGUUUCCUGCAGUGAAGUAUUCCAGACUUUCCUCACUUACAAAGACGAGAAGGUGUGCUCUUCCUCCUUCAUUUAUUGUUUCUUAAGAUUUGUAAUAAAGAUGUGGUCAUGGGGGGUUGAUGCAUGUGAGUGCAUGUUCUAAAAUACAACCUGGUUUUAAAAAAUCUGUAAUUCAAUACUUUAAAAAAGGAUAAUUAUUGAUGGGAUUGUAACUGUAUUAAAAAAUCCAUUGUUUAUUCUAACAGGACUGGAAGAUGGGGAAGAGAAAAGCAGAGAAGGAUGAGACGGUGGGAGUGAUGAUCUUCACUACGAUAGAGCCUGAAGCUCCAGACCUGGAUCUUUUAGAAGUGUGAGUGUUUAGUCAGGCCUGAUUUUUUACAAAAGAAAAAAAAUCAACAGUUUACCUGCAGCUGCUGUCCGUGUUGCAUUUUUAAGAGUAAAAUAUGUCCACAGGGAGCAGAAAUGUGAGCAGUUUAGUAGGUUUACCAAAGCCAUGGAUGACGGCGUGAAGGAAAUCCUCACAGUUGGCCAGGAGCACUGGAAGAGAUGUACAGGCCGUAAGUUCACACUGAACUGAAGCUGAACACUUUACCUCACUAACACACACACACACAGGCCACACCUCCACUUUGUGUUGUAAUUACUAUUUAUACCAUAGAAUAGUUCAUUAUGUUCACUAUUUUGUCAACACUUCCUUUACAAAGCAUGUUUGAAUUUGUCUCCUUCUACAGCUUUGCCGAAAGAGUACCAGAGGAUCGGGAAAGCCUUCCAAAACCUGUCAUCUGUUUUCACCAGCAGCGGAUACCAAGGUACAACAACGUCUGCUCACCCACUGAAUGAUUUGCGCAGGAUCUAGGUUUCUCUUUGCUUUGCUGUCUUUUGUUUCAAAAUGCAAACUCCUUUGUCACCUCCAGUAUUUGAGAAUCUGUUAUGAAAUGAAUUAGCUGACUAAAUAUGUGAAGAAAUACAGCUAUGAUUUAUUUUAACUAUUUCUUUGCUGCAGGCGAGUCAACCCUGACUGAUGCCAUGACAGCAGCUGGAAAGACGUAUGAGGAGAUAGCUCAGAUGGUGGCAGAGCAGGUGGGUACUUUGCCUGCUGUCAAGUAUUUCAAUACUGUUGCAUCUUUUAAAAAGACACUGACUGUCUGGCUGUCUUUUCUUUUGCAAUGUUUCACAUUGUUUCCCCUCCAAAUCACAGAAUAGGAGUGUGUUUUCUUUUUUUGCCCUCUCAUUCAUCACAUUGUAGGAUGUUGUGUGAACGUUUCCUGUUUGUGUCUGUGUUUACAUCCUUAAAGUGAUGUUUCAGUGAACCCUGUUAACCUCAUGUCCUAUGUGAGGUCUGUUUCUAUACUAGAAGAGAGCCACAGGAAAACUUAUCAUCAAUGUUGUUUGGACUCUCCAUUUGACUGUGGCUCUUUUGCUGGUCGUGUGUGGUUUGGUCUUUGUAGUGUGAAAUAACAUCAAUCUUAGGCCUUUUUUGAUGUCCCAGCAGCUUUCACUGGGAGGAUUAAUCUGGUAAGCCUGCGCUGCUGCAGACACGUAUACCUAGUGCUCCUCCUGUAAAAUUUAUCUGAAGCUCAGACUAGAAGUAGUGAUGUGUGCAGUAAUGUCAGUAUGUAAUGUGCAGUAAUACCAGAACCCCGCAAACAAGUUUUUCCUGGUUAAUUCCAAGAAAGAAGAAGACUAGGGUGUUGUGUUGCGUUUUGUUAAGAUAAAACAAAAAGACACAAGCUAUCUGUCAUAGCCCACCACAGACUGUCUGCUGGAUGAUAAUCUACACUACGGCCAUCACUCCGUUAUGAACUAAAAUCUCCCCAUUAAGAUUUAAUAAGGUUCUUUCUUUAAAAAAGUGUGCUUCCCUGUGAUGUAACAUUUCCUCAGAUGUCAGAUCUGUGUGUUGUUUCCUGUGUUGGAUCAGUCUUGUGUUCCAAUUUUAGGAUACAGUUCUUCCUUCAUGACUCUGUUUCCUUUUGUCUCCAGCCUAAGAAAGACCUCCACUUCCUUAUGGAAACAAAUAAUGAAUAUAAGGGUCUUCUUGGAUGCUUCCCGGACACUAUCGGAGUCCAUAAGGUAAAAUAGGACACAAUUACACUUAUGUUUCCUGGAAAGGAUUGUGUUACUUCUACAUGCUAUGAGAAACUAACUGCACUUGUUUUGUCAGAUUCCCAGGUCAAGAGAUGCUGCUUGCACGAUGAUAUGAACUCUUUAAAAUGUUAUGUCAAACUUCCCUAGAAUUACAGAGUAUGCAAAGCAUUCAGAUCAUUAGAACAUACUUCACAGUACAUUGUAAGGGAGCAGAAGUGCUGCAGGCUUUUGUACAACUUUUGUAACCCAGUAACAGUGAGGGCUGUUAUAAGUGCUCCAAAGCUGAGGUCUUCAAAUGCUGUUAGUGAACACAAGCCUUCAAAUAUAUUUUGUCAUAUUUAUUGCCCUCAAUAAAUAUAAAUCGGAUUGUAGAUUUGGGAAUAUUACAAUGUACAAGCACAGGAUAACAUACCACCAAAGAUAUCCAAAAAUGAAAUGCACAAAAUAUACAAGACAGCAUGACCUGAGAAACUCUUCAGUUUUAAUGAAUUUGAUGGAACUUUUUUGGUCAGCAUAGUUUAUAAGUAAUGGUAGUUCAUUUGCCCUUACUUCCAUACACAGAAAAAGAGCAAUCUUGAAGAUGCUAUGAGCUACCACAGUCACCUCCUCCAACCAGUGUAUGUGCAAACAAAAAGUCGGGUCAGGGUUAUGAAACUACGGUAGCCCUGAGGUACAAACUACAACAGCAUAUCGGAAAACACAAGAGCAAAAGAGAAAACACAACACAAAAAGAGAAAAGACAGCGGCAAAUCGGAAAAUACAACACAAAAAGAGAAAACACAAUGGCAAAUGUGUCUUCUCUUUUGCCGUUGUGUUUUCUGAUUUUCCGUUGUGCUUUGGACCUCAGGGCUACCGUAUGAAACAGGUUGAGAUGAACAGUGAUGGUUUUAUGAUGUUCAAGAGCAAAUAAGAGCAUUAAUGACAAGAUUAACACUUUUAAUAUCAUAAUUUUCAAUGCUUCUAACUGCUGUGAGGGGCUUCCAUAGAAGCGAUUAUUAAGUGAGUGAUUGUUUCAUUGUUAAAAGACAACAGGAGUUGUUGUUUUUUAUUUAUUUAUAUUUUUUGUCAAUUAACACUUUCAAAAGGGUGAGAUGAAAUUGUCAACAGUGUAAAGAUAAGCACUUUGUCCACAUGGGGCACCAUAAUCAACACAGGCAGAAAGUCACUCAAAGGAGCUUUAAAUAAUAGUUCCCAAAUUGGUAUGAAGUGCACAGUAUAAUGAAAAGGUGGUCUAACUUAGUCCAGAAGAUAGAACAUGUAAUGAACAUGUAUCUGAGAUAUCGGUUUUUAAUUCCCUUCAGGCUGCUAUAGACAAAGUGAAGGAGGCCGACAAGCUGGUUGCCACCAGUAAAAUAACCCCUCAGGACAAAGUCACCAUGGCCAAACGAGCCAGCACCAUGUCUUACACAUUACAAGGUAACAAACACACUCACUUAGAAAUAUCUAUAAUUGCAACCAUGGUAGCUUGGUGUCAGAUUUAAGUGGUUUCUCCUACUGUUUCCCACAGCUGAGAUGAACCACUUCCACAACAACCGUAUCUAUGACUACAACAGAGUCAUGCAGCUGUACCUGGAAGAGCAAGUCAAGUUUUAUGAGACGGUAAAGAUUGUUUUUUAUCGACCAUCCAUCACAGUUAAUUAGAAUCUCUGAGAGCCUGUCCUUUUAUGUUACCUGGUGAGCAGUACUGUGCUUAGAUACUCAGUAACCCCCCCCCCCCGACCUCCUGCUAUUGUUUUCAUGCAACUUGUUUCUUCUUUUGAUCCCAUAGAUUGCUGAAAAACUGAGACAAGCACACGGUCAGUUCACUACAAUGUGAAAGCAACUGCCCUAAGUCUCCAUGGCAAGAUGAGUUAUACCAGCUCAACAUCCAAAAUACUUUUGCUUAUUCUGCAUUCUGCUCCCUGCCUUUAAUUUGAGUUUCACUUCUCUUUUUUCACUCCCUCUUACCUCAUCUCUUCCUUUGCCGCUCGUGCUAACAAUCCCAGCUCCUGGUGUUCUGUUAUUCCCCUGCUCUCAGACUUUGAAAGACAGUUAAUGAGCAUUUGCAGAAGCUGAAAAAGGCUUUGACAAAACAUUUUUUUUCUAUCAGCAAUGAUCCAAGACACACAGAGCAAGAAACGCUAUUCAAACGCACUCUUUAGUCCGCCUGAAGUUUCUUACUUGUGUUAUGGAGGGCAAUCAUGCAAGUUUCAUUUUAAAAACACAUAUCAGAGUUUCUGUAGUUUAAGGUAAUAUCAUAUUGUACAAGUAUGGAUGCAGUCAUGCAUGAGCUUGCAAUUUAUCAAAGCAAUACUGGCCAUUUUUCAUUUUUCUCAGUGCAAAAUUUAAAGAUUAAGAAAUGAUUUUUAUAAAUUGCAAAAGUUAACAGAUAUCAAAAAACCAAAGCCAUCCGCUCCCCUAACUGUUCAGCAGGGGGGUUGAUUUUUGAAUGCAGCAAUUCCAUUAAGUCAGAGCUUUACUUUCUUUUUUAAGCCAGUGUUUGGUCUGUUUGGAUCAUAUUUGUCUUGUAGUUCACGUUUUAGAGUCCAAUCAUUUUCAGUAAGUACUCUGUUCAGUCUUGCAAGAGUGUGUCCUCUCCAAUAUUCACUGCCGGCAGUCCUUAGCCCCCCCCCCCCCUUUGUUCCUUCACUUCCCCAAAAGCGAACCGGAAUCCCCACCCUCUUCCUGUCCUGAACACGUGCCUUAUCCCUUUGAGGAAAAUGGAAGCCGUAGACCUAGUUUUGCCACCCCAGCCUGUGCACCAUGACGCUGCAGUUUACAAUCCAGAAGAGAAGAUAAAUGUUGGAUAAUGCUACUGAAGCUGGGGCUUAUUAUUUGAAGCGUUGAUGAUUUAUGGUCUUGUCAAACAUGACAUCUCUCUGCUGGUUGUCCUUCAGAAUUUUUGUCCUUUUUUCAACCAUAUGAUGGUGUUUUAUAUGAAGCAGAAGUAGAAAACGUUAAAUGUAAGAAUUUAUACCAGAAGGAGAGUUCAGGUUGGAUUAUGUCAUAUAUAUGCAGUUUCUCUUUUCAUUGCCCACUUUUCAAUCAUCCUCUAAUCUUAUUCACUUUUUGUUUUCUUAUCACUUGAUACAAGGAAAAUAUACAUUUAUACAUAUUUACAUAUUCUAUCAGAGCUAUCAGGUGCCUCUUGUCACUGAAAUACUAUUUUAUGUAUAGAAAUAUUUGCAAUACUGUGUAACUCAAAUUCUGUUUGAUUUAUUAAACAAUGAUUUGUACUCACUGGGACUUGA